AUGAGGAGCGUGAGUGUGAUGGUGGUAGCAGCCGGACUCUCCUGUGUGGCUGCAGUGUUUAUAUCAGGUUACUCCUGUCUGACACUCACCUACGGGGAGGAGGACAAAGAGGUCUUCCACCACCACGACAGUCCUCAAGUGACGUUUGUGCUUCAUCGGAUGGUGAAGGGGGCCAACGCCACCAUACUGUUGACCUGCACCAUCUGCCUGGCUCUCUCCUCUCUCAUCGCCUACGUCGGCUGCCGUAGUCUUCCCUGCUGUGGCUGCUAUGAUGCCAGAACCGGAUUGGAGUCACUUGUUCCUCAGUGUGACCCAGGGGACACCGAGAUGGUUUGUACUUGGCAAGCAGCAGGUGACGACAGGUUUUUCAACUGUCCUGCUCAGUCCACUGACCAGGGCAUCAAGGAGGAAGAGGAGGGUCCCGCCAAACUGCCUCCAUAUAGCAGACUGACCUGACACGCAUCCACAGAGAGAUUUGUCCAACACAUUCUUAUUUGUUUUCUCCAUUCCAGAGAGGAGGGGACGGCUACGGAUUAUGUUAAAGCUAUGCCUUCACAUUUCCUCAUUUUUGGAUGGGUGGAAUGUUGUAAAGAAAGUCAAAGUGGUUGAAGUUCUUGAAGACUGAGCACUUUUGACUGUGGCAGUGUCUUUAUUUCUUCUUGACCAAUGAUUUCUGUAGACAAAAUCAUUUAAACCUUGCCAGAGUUGAAUACCUGUAUAUGAAUGAUUGAAAUACAUUAUUCAUUGUAUGCUGUGUGAAAGUGAGCUCUGUUAACAAUAUAUAAAUCAAAGAUAUUUUGUGUAUUUAAUCUAUUAAACCUUUUUAAAAGAGAUCACAACAUUUUGAAAUGUUCAGCGUAGUUUAUUUCAUGACAUUGCAACUACUUGCCCCGAGUAGUUUCAUUCAUUAGUAACUUUGUGAAUUGAUACCAUUCUGUAAAUCCAGAGUUUUCUUUCUGGGCAUUUGCAAUGAGCAAUACAUUUCAUAAUAGUUGAAUGGCUGUAGUGAAGAAAAUGAUCGUAGGACCUGGUGUGAAGGUGGAGGGGGCGUUGACCCUUUCAGAAGAAAGCAGCAACCAAACACCCUCAUGAGGUCUUCCUCUGUUCAUCCU